ACAGCCUAGAAGCAGGGCCUGGAACUGCAGGAUUCACUCCCCUCCUGCGACCUAGGCAGGCAUGAGGGUGUGAUGGCCGCGCAUUCGCCAGACGAGAGCGAUGGCUGAGAACGCCGCACCAGGUCUGAUCUCAGAGCUGAAGCUGGCUGUGCCCUGGGGCCACAUCGCAGCCAAAGCCUGGGGCCUGCAGGGCCCUCCAGUUCUCUGCCUGCACGGCUGGCUGGACAAUGCCAACUCCUUCGACAGACUCAUCCCUCUUCUCCCGCAAGACUUUUAUUACGUUGCCAUGGAUUUCGGAGGUCAUGGGCUCUCGUCCCAUUACAGCCCAGGUGUCCCAUAUUACCUCCAGACUUUCGUGAGUGAGAUCCGAAGAGUUGCGGCAGCCUUGAAAUGGAAUCGAUUCUCCAUUCUGGGCCACAGCUUCAGAAAUGGAGAACUUGCUGACCUACAAGCGGAGAGCCAUACAGCACGUGCUGCAGGUAGAGGCCUCCCAGGAGCCCUCGCACGCGUUCAGCCUGAAGCAGCUGCUGCAGAGGUAGAGAACAGCAUUGACUUCCUCAGCAGGGAGCUGUGUGUGCAUUCCAUCAGGAAGCUGCAGGCCCAUGUCCUGUUGAUCAAAGCAGUCCACGGAUAUUUUGAUCCAAGAGAGAAUUACUCUGACAAGGAGUCCCUGUCGUUCAUGAUAGACACGAUGAAAUCCACCCUCAAAGAGCGGUUCCAGUUUGUGGAAGUCCCAGGCAAUCACUGUGUCCACAUGAGCGAACCCCAGCACGUGGCCAGUAUCAUCAGCUCCUUCUUACAGUGCACACACACGCUCCCAGCCCAGCUGUAGCUCUGGGCCUGGAACUAUGAAGACCUAGUGCUCCCAGACUCAACACUGGGACUCUGAGUUCCUGAGCCCCACAACAAGGCCAGGGAUGGUGGGGACAUGCCUCACUAGUCUUGAGGCCCAGCCUAGGAUGGUAGUCAGGGGAAGGAGUGAGAUUCCAACUUCAACAUCUGUGACCUCAAGGGGGAGACAGAGUCUGGGUUCCAGGGCUGCUUUCUCCUGGCUAAUAAUCUCCAGCCAGCUGGAGGAAGGAAGGGCGGGCUGGGCGCACCUAGCCUUUCCCUGCUGCCCAACUGGAUGGAAAAUAAAAGGUUCUUGUAUUCUCA